AUGGCUGAUCUCCUCAUCCGAGCUCUCCGCCAGUCCUUGAUGAUCUUACCUCCUCCACACUCGGAUAAAGAACCUGAUGAGUUUACUUGGGGAGAGGAAGGAGCAAGAACAGACAGCUUCUCCUCUAGAAAAACUUGGGAUUUAUUGAGACUUUUGGCUCCUCCUGCAGCGUGGACAGGUUCAGAUAUGAGAAAGAAAGAAACAGUCGUCUCCACAAUGGCCCUCCUAUUUCCCAUUGCUCUGUCUUCCAGUCAAUUGAUCGCUCAGUUCGGGACACACUCCUUGCUUGACUUUAUCGCAAAGGUUGUCAAGGUCUGCUUUCUCAAUGUUUUACCUACGCCUAAAACUCUUCUAGUCUGGAACCCCGUGGGAGCACAGAAGAACACCUGUAUCACGGGAACACUAUUCACGGUAGGAGAGCACUGUUCCAAUAACGAUGUCUCUGGAUUUGGGAGCAACACAAUCCGAGUCUCCGACUAUUGUUAA